GUAUACAUGCUUAACCUAUUUAACUUGAACUUAUAAUUCAAAUCACCCGACCACUAAGCUAUUAUGUCCACCAAAUAUCCAAUUCCAUCACAUGUUUCUGUCCAAAGCUUUGUUACAGUGAAGCUAAGUGAUAAGCGCAUGUAUGGUUUAUGGAAAACACAGAUGCUAUGUCUCUUAAUGAGCCAUGAUAUGCUUGGUUUCAUCAAUGGAACUAGUCCUGCCCCUGCUAUGCAGGUUGAUGAUGAGCUCAGUAUGUGGAGUAGAUUGGAUGCGCUUGUUCAAGGUUGGAUUCUUGGUUCCCUCUCCGAAGAAGCAGCCAUAACGGUCUUGAAUCGCCUCAAUCAACAUAUGCAUGUUACAGCCAAACAUAUAUGGGAUCAAGUGAAAAUUACGUAUGGCCAACAGGAAGAGCAAGAUGAAGAAAGAGAAGGUUGUGGCUCACCAUGCAUAGAUCUAAAUAAAAAAGUGAAAGAAAAGCAAGUGUUGUAUGAUGCUGUUGAGGGUGGAAAACUACAAGAAGCGGUGAGUAUCUUACACAAAAAAAACUUUGGAAUCACAGAGAGCAUCAGCAUCAACGGCAACACUGCUCUCCACAUAGCAGCGGCCUACAGCAGCCCCUCGGAUGAUAAGUUUCUGAAGAGAAUGUUGCGUCUCACUGAUAUUCCGCUAAUGGAGGUUCGAAAUUUAGACGGAAGCACUCCACUUCAUCUAGCAGCUUCACUUGGGAAUGCAAAUGCUGCUAAGAUCUUGCUGGAAACUUGCCCAGACCUGUUGCAUGCAAAGGAUAACCAAGGUUGCACGCCACUUGACAUAAUUCGUUCCCGACCUUUGAAUAAGGACAUGUGUCACCUUUUGAAAUCCACAAUAUUGCAAGAAACAGAACAGGCAUAUGACCAUGAGCCUUUGGUGGUUACUGCUAUAUCAUACAGACAUUUUGACUUAGCACGGACUUUAAUACAAAGAUGCAAUAACUCGUUGAAGAGCCCUGCUGUGUUGAUGGCUAUAGCUCAAAACUGCCCAGCUGAUUUUACAACCAACCAACUCAUCAUCUAUGAAUUGUUGCGCACAUCAGUUCUAAGUUUCAUAACUAGAGAUAUCUCGGAUAUGAAGGGCUGUAGUAAGCUAGCAAUCGUGAUCCUGAGAGCGGUUUUGGUGUACACUUAUAAAAUGCUUAUUCGGAUUUGCUUGAAGCUACAAGUAUUCAAAGAUUUCAAAGAGCUUAUGGAAGAACGAGAAGAUGCUAUAGCUUUGCUAGACGCUGUUUGUAAUUUGAUACGAUCUUCAAACGAGUCAGUGUGUUACCGAAAAUUAUACAAGCAGGCGAUGCUUGAGGCUAUAAGGCGAGAUGCAAGCGAUGUUGUUGCAAAAAUUGUGUAUUGGUUUCCAGAUGCAACUCUGAUCAGGGAUGAAGAUUGCCACAACUUUGCUCAGGCUGCUUGGAAGAACCGUGCAUCCAAGAUUUAUGCUCUAAUCCUUGAUAGAAACCUCCUAGCUAAGCAUACGAGUCUCAGUUUUGAUUCAGAACCGAAUGAAGCCGGAAAUAAUUUCCUGCAUUUUGCUGCAAGAUUAGGGCCUGCCAGGAAACUCGAUCUUAUCUCAUGUCCCCCUUUCCGAAUGCAACGUGAGUUACAAUGGUUUAAGGUAGCACAAGAAAUAAUUCCUCAAGGGCGCCGCACUGAGGAAAACUAUUUGGGAGAAACGCCUGAAAUGAUAUUUACAAAGGAGCACAAGGGUUUGGUGAUUGAGAGUGGAGAAUGGCUAAAAAAAGUAUCGAACUCGGCCACAGUUGCAGCCACAUUAGUCCUCACAGCUUUGUUUGCAGGAGUAACUCAAGUACCAGGAGGAACUGGUGACAAUGGAGUCCCAAAUUUGAUCUCCCAACCAGCAUUCUGUAUAUACGAAAUAUUGAUUACUAUAUCAGCAGCGGCAGCUUCUCUGUCUUUAUUAAUGUUCAUGCUAAUCCAGGGUUCUCCUUUGACCCAAGACGACUUCCUGCAUCGUUUACCUCUAGCCCUGGUAAUCGGCUGGGUGAGCUUGUUUGUGUCAGUCGCGCUCGGUAUGUUCGCCUUUGGGGCUGCGUUGUUCCUUAUUUUUGGGGCCAGAAAUCCAUGGGUUCUUGGUUUGGUAGCUCCAAUUGUAGCCCUACCAAUUUCUUUGUUCUUCCUUAUUUACUCUUGGUUUAUAUUGAGUGCACUCGCUGACUUCUGGCAUUCCACACGUCAUUUUAUGGUACUUCAUAUGCUCCACCGUCUAAAACUGGUGGGUCGGAUCUUCAUUUAACUAAUUCCAUCCUAGCUUCGAUCUGCCUGUUAUUUAUAUUUGUAAUAAUGGACAUGCCUAUUAUAUAUGUAUGUAUGCUCUGUAUAAUAAAUUUUCAAAUAAAUGUUUAAUUUGCUGCAUCA